UUGGUACCGCUUAGUGUGUGUUCUCUUGGCACCUUUGCCACAUGGCGACUCUCCAACGCUUGAGGCUACCCAUUGCUGGUUUGAAGCGCUUGUGGACCAUUGAAAGGCGCACCAUUGCGGUCAUUGCCGAACAGUACGAGACAAAUGACUCCCCGCUGGCUGCCGCUAUAUUCAAGGUGAAGGGAGUCAAUGAAGUUCUGCUUGCAGCCAAACAUGUCACAGUCACAAAAACACCAGCUUCUGACUGGAACCUUUUGCAACCCAACUUGGAGUUGGUCAUCAGCCAGUUCUAUGCUGCUGGUCUGGAGGCGCUUCGGGACGGAGUUGGAAAUGCCCGAGCCAAUGAUGCCCACGCAGAAUUAGAUCCUGACAGUGUCGAGGGACGGAUUUUUCAUUUGCUGGAAGAACGAGUUAGACCAUUUGUGCAGCAGGAUGGCGGAGAUGUGCAAUUUGAUCGUUUCGACAAUACUUCAGGGAUCUUAUACUUGAGGAUGAUCGGUGCUUGUUCUGGGUGUCCAAAAUCGAGCGUCACCCUCAAUAUGGGCAUCAGAAACCUCAUGGAGCACUACAUUCCGGAGGUCAAAGAUGUUAUGCCAGCCGAUGAGGAGUAAGGACACUUCAAGAGUUUGUCUUGCGCAGAGGAAGAUGCCAAAUGAUGCCGGAUGAUGCCGGCGUGUUGCAAGUUCGAGGCUAAAGGCCCUUUUGGAUCGCAGACUCGAAGCCUUGGAACUUACCGACCAGAAGUUGCUGAAGUGAUCCCAUAUUCAAAACAUAGAAUUGGCCUGCGGACUCGUAGACAAUGUCAGGCGGGUAGAAGUGAAGCAGU